AUGAAUGUUUUAUUUGCCCUGUUGGAUGCUGCACCAAUGAAUGGUGUUUUCAAAUUUCAUCCUAAGUGCAAAAGAAUUCCCCUCACUCAUCUUUGUUUUGCUGAUGACUUGCUUUUGUUCUGUCAUGGGUCUUUGGAUGCUAUGUUGGGAUUAGUUAGAACCCUUGAAAAGUUUUAUGAACUCUCAUGUCUUAAGUUGAAUGCUUUAAAGUCUGAGUUGUUUGCUUAUGGAGUGGCUAGGGAUGAGCUUGAAGUGAUCGAAAGUGCUAAUGGUUUUAAGUUAGGCCAGCUUUCUCUUAGGUACCUUGGGGUACCCUUGGUCACUCGUAAGCUCACAAGUAAGGACUGCUCUGCUUUACUUGUGAAAAUCAAAGGUCAUUCUGCCUAA